UCUAGCCGAACUCGUACGAUAUCAUGCAGUCCAGUGCCAGAUGGUUCGAUGAGUGCCGGAACUACUGUUUCACAUCCUGGUUUCCCGCUUAGUCAGCCCUCCAGUCCCAUUGUUGAUGACAACACGCAUCCGCAACUCGUCCCAUCACCGUGUAUAAAUCGACCUGGAAACUCGACAUUACUGAAUAGAACAAUCUCAGACGAGAGCUCUAACACCUCGAAUAGAUUCUUUAUGCUGAAAAAAGAUUCGGAACGGCGGCACACCCUGGCACAAUUCAUGUCGGACUACUCUGAGCAAAUAAUAGACACUUGGAUGCAUGGAAUCAUUGCAUCAAUGGAUAGUGCCGAAGUUGUGGUAAGGAAUUAA